UAAUAAAUUGUACCAGUCUAGGUAAUGCGGAUUUUUAAAAUAUUUAUAUUUUUUAUAAAUAUCGCGCUUGUUCUUAAAUUCACUUCUAUUUGAUUACUUUUUUCAAAAACAAACUUUUAUAAAUUCUCGUUUUUAAAAACCACCGCCUAACAUUUCGCUUCAAUAUUUUGAAGUUUUGUAAUUUGAAUGUUCGAGGACGAGUCACCUAGAAUUUUAUGAUAUUGGUGGAGAUCUUUAUCAUGGGAGUCAGGGAGCCCCCUUUGUCCACGCCCUUGUCAAUCUUGCUCUUAUGCCUUGUGCUGCAAAAAUGUUGCUGGAAACCAUUGGUGCACAGUGCAAUCGGGCAGUCCGACGGGAGAAGUUGGAAGAGCCUGAAGACAGAGAGAGAGAGAGAGAUCGGUGAUACGGGGACCAUGUCUGUGAAUGCGGAUCUGCAGAAGGAGCGGGCGGCGGCCACUUUGGACAGCGAGGACUUUGCCCGCUGGUGGGCGGGUGGCGCCUCCCAGUUGGAGGAGCGUCGCGCCCUCGACCGCCGUUUCUACGACGAUCCCGACUUCGCGGAGGCAGUGCAUCCCAGCUGUCUGUCCUACAAGGAGCGCUACGAGCAGACGGUGGCCCGAUCCACUCGAUUCCUGGCCAAACUCCGGCAAUGGCAGCGGGAGAAGCAGCCACAGCUCGAUCUCAGCGUGAAUACGCUAAGGGAUUUCCGCUUGCUCCUCUCCGGAUCCCUGGGCACCGGCCUCUUCCAGCAGAGUUUCCCCCUGCGGGUGCACUUCUCCAUGUUCAUGACCACCCUGCUGGGCCAGGGCACCGAGGAGCAGCAGGCCCAGUGGCUGAAUCGAUCCUGGCACAUGGACGGCGUCCUGGGCACGUAUGCCCAAACGGAACUGGGCCACGGCACCUUUGUCCGAGGACUCGAAACCCGAGCGGAUUACGAUGCGGAGCGGCAGGAAUUCAUCCUGAACACGCCCACCCAAAGUGCGUACAAAUGGUGGCCCGGCGGACUGGGAAAUACCGCCAACGUAGCCAUUGUUCUGGCCCAGCUCUAUGUGAAGGGCAAGCACUAUGGGUUGCAGUCGUUUCUGGUGAGGAUUCGGGACGAAAGGACCCACGAGCCGCUGACUGGAGUCGAUGUGGGCGACAUAGGACCGCGUCUGGGGGGGAAUGGCGUGAACAAUGGCUUCCUAGGACUGCACGACGUGCGCAUACCGCGAAACCAAAUGCUGAUGAAGAAUGCCCAAGUCCUGGCCGAUGGCACCUUCGUCCAGGGCAGACCUCCAUUGCUGCUCUACGGCACCAUGGUCUAUGUGCGGGUCAUCACCCUCAAGGAUGUGCUCUUUGGACUGCUGCAGGCAGCCACCAUCGCCACCAGGUAUUCCGUGGUGCGUCGCCAGAGCCGGAUUGAUGUGGAUCAGCCGGAGGUGUCGGUUCUGGACCACACCACGCAGCAGGCGAAGAUCCUGCCGCAGAUUGCCCGAGGCGUCUCCUAUCGCCUGGUGUCCGACUGGCUGUGGCGCUUCUACGAGCAGGUGCUGCAGCAGCUGGAGGAUGCGGGUGGGGGUGCUGGAGGUGGACGCAACUCCCUGCCGGAGCUGCACGCCCUGAGCUGCUGCCUCAAGGCGGUGGCCACCGACGAGGCCAGCCAGGGCGUGGAUCUGCUGCGCAAGAGUUGCGGCGGCCAUGGGUUCCUCUCCUCGGCCAACUUCGAUAGCAUCUAUGGCCUGACCGCCGCCGCCUACACCUACGAAGGCGAGUACACGGUGCUCCUGCUGCAGACGGCUCGCUUUUUGGUCCGCCAAUAUGUGGACAGCUUGAAGCGGAAGGUCCUGCCACCCAGUGUCUCCUAUUUGAGGGACACGGCUCGUCUGGUCUGGGGCAAGAACCUCGUGGCGAAUUGUGUGCGGGCCCUGGAGAUUUCGGCCUUGGAGCAGGUGCGUCAGGCCUGGCAGAGCCAGAGUGCCCACAAAACGAAGAGGGUGAGUCCCGAGAUGGCCAGUAAUCUGGCCGGCAGACAGCUCACAUCCGCCGCCGUGGCUCAUGCCCAUGCCUUCUUCACGCGCAACGCUCUGGGGGAAUUGGAGAGCCUGCGGCGGAAGGGUGACCUCGGCCCCAGUGUGGCCCUCGUCCUGGGCGAACUGGUGGAGCUCUUCGUCCUCGACACAUUCCUGCGCCAGUCGGGAUGCGUGCUCCGGUGGAACGGCGGCAUCAAUGGCACCCAGCUGCGCUUCGUGGAGCGCCGCUUUGAGGAGCUGCUGGCCAAACUGCGUCCGAAUGCGGUGGCUCUGGUGGAUGGCUUCGAUUUCCACGAUCGCGUCUUGGGCUCCACGCUGGGCUGCCACGAUGGACGGGUCUACGAGCGACUGAUGGAGGAGGCACGCAGGAAUCCGGUCAACCAGGAGCCGGUCAACUCGUCCUUCUAUAACCACCUGCUGCCCAUGAUGCGGGGAAAGCUGUGAGAAGCGGCUGGGAAUCUC